AUGGUCAAGAAGACUAUUGAUAAUGAUUCUUCAGUGACUGAGUUUAUUCUUUUGGGAUUGACAGAGCAACCUGAACUCCAGCUGCCCCUGUUUGUCCUGUUCUUGGUGAACUAUGUGGUCACACUGAUGGGAAACUUGACCUUAAUGAAUCUUAUUUGCCUGAAUUCUCACCUGCACACUCCCAUGUACUUUUUUCUUUUCAAUUUGUCUUGCAUUGAUUUCUGUUAUUCCUGUGUCUUUACCCCCAAAAUGCUGAUGAGUUUUGUUUUAACGAAGAACACCAUCUCCUUCACAGGAUGCAUGACUCAGCUGUUUUUCUUCUGUUUCUUUGUUAACUCCGAGAGUUAUGUGCUGACAGCCAUGGCCUAUGAUCGCUAUGUGGCCAUCUGCCAGCCUCUGCUGUACAUGUUUGUCAUGUCUCCUAGGAUCUGUUCCCUGCUGAUGUUUUGUUCAUACUUGAUGGGCUUUGCUGGUGCUAUGGCCCACACUGGGUGCAUGAUCAGACUCCACUUUUGUGAUUCCAACAUCAUCAACCACUACAUGUGUGACAUCUUCCCCCUAAUCCAGCUCUCCUGCAGCAGCACCUACACCUACGUCGAUGAGCUUGUGAGUGCUGUUCUUGUCACUACAGUAGUCAUUGUAUCCAGCCUCUUUAUCUUAACCUCAUAUGCAUUGAUCCUUUGUAAUAUUGUUCGUAUGCCAUCAUCUAAGGGUUGGUUCAAAGCUAUGGGCACCUGUGGAUCACACAUAAUAACUGUUAGUUUAUUCUAUGGGUCGGGGCUGCUCACUCAUAUCCAACCAUCAUCUGCUGAAUCAGUAGACAAGCAGAAAUUUUUUUCUGUGUUUUACACUCUUGUGGUACCCAUGGUCAACCCUCUCAUUUACAGCCUCAGGAACAAGGACAUCAAACUUGCUGUGCAGAGAACCCUGAAGAAACUGAAACACUGA